AUGUAUGCCACAAGAGCUGCCUCCCGGGCAGCGCCCGCAGUUUUCCGAGCUGGCAUCCGAACGUCUAUUCGUCCUCAUCGGCCCUUGAACAGAAGCUCUCCAGCAGUUUCAAUACUUAUUCCUCUUCGGUUCUUGCAGACCGAAUCGACGUCGUCAUCCUCCCAAAACUACCCGCCUCCUGGCUUCGAUGCCAAGCAAGCAAGCAAACCGCUCUCUAAGCAGGACCAGCAGCAACAGAUAUCCAAGAAAGAAGCUCUACCGCUUGAGAAGGACACCAUAAUCCCCAAGUCGGGUCCAACUGCGCAUCCGAAGACGGUGGCGCAGGAUGCCAGGACAUUAAAGGAGCUGGCAAAAGAGAAGGCGGACGUGGAUACUACAGCCGAGAAGAAGGCACUCUCAAAGAAGGAGGAAGAGAAGAAGAAGUUGACCCUCGGACAGAAGAUCAAGAAGGAGCUGCUGCAUUACUGGGACGGCACGAAGCUGCUGGUGGCUGAAGUCAGGAUCAGUUCCAAGUUGGCGUUGAAGAUGGCUGCUGGAUACGAACUUACUCGACGAGAGCGUCGACAGUUGCAACGCACAGUUCAAGAUCUUGCUCGUCUGGUCCCGUUCUUGCCCUUUGUCAUCGUUCCAUUUGCCGAAUUGCUGCUCCCAGUCGCGCUCAAGCUGUUCCCCAAUAUGCUUCCAAGCACAUUCGAGGGUCAGUCGUCCAAGGACAAGAAGGCCACAACACUCCGGGCCACCCGAAAAGAUGUCAGCGACUUCCUCCGCCAGACUUUAAAGGAGACUGGCCUGCCCAUCUCUGCAGAAAACGCAAAGAAGGAGGAGUUCUCAGAGUUUUUCCGCAAGGUCCGAAUGACCGGCGAGAAGCCGUCUGCAGAGGACAUCAUCAAAGUGUGCAAGAUUUUCAAGGAUGACUUGACGCUCGACAAUCUGUCCAGGCCACAGCUUGUCUCCAUUUGCCGCUACAUGAACAUUCCAUCGUUCGGCACAGACAACAUCCUGCGUUACCAAGUCCGUGUUCGCAUGCGCCAGAUCAAGCGUGACGACCGAUCCAUUGCAUACGAAGGUGUCGAGUCCCUCUCCGUUCCAGAGCUGCAGACUGCUUGCGCAAGCCGUGGUCUGCGUACCUACGGUGUGUCACCCGGCCGUCUUCGGGACGACCUAGGUUCUUGGCUCGAUCUCCGUCUUCAGCACGGCGUUCCUUCCACUCUCCUGGUUCUUGCCAAUGCGUUUGUGUACGCACAGGGCAAAGAGGCGGAGAUGACGUCCCAAAUUGAUGCUCUUGAGGCCGUACUGUCCAGUAUUCCUGAAGAGCUCUACCACGAGAUCGAACUCGAGGUCCAUACUGCCGAGGGUGCCGCUACCAACAAGCAGCGUCUUGAAGUCCUCAAGGAGCAGCAAGAGCUCAUCGAAGAGGAGAACGAGCAAUCCAAGGGCUCCCAAGACAAGGCCGCCUCUGCACCCAAGGACCACGAGAACAUCGACGAAGAUGACAAGCCCAAGUCCAACGAGGAGACCGAAGUGUCGAAAGAAGCCAAAGAAGCCGAAAGCAAAGAAGCAGAGGCCAGCACUGGCGACUUACUCGGCGGAAGCGCAGAGCGCACCGAGCAAGAUGACCGCGCAUCCAAGGGCGAAGACUCCAGCGCCAAGGAGAAGCCCGCGAAGAAGGAAUAA